CUGGAGCUGCUGAGGUCGUGGUGGGUGACGAAGUUUGUUCCCUCCGUCUAUACCGUGGUUCUCCUCGUGGCUCUUCCUCUCAAUGUUAUGGCGAUCAUUAUCUUCCUGGUGAUGGUGAAGGUGAAGAAGCCGGCCGUGGUGUACCUGCUGAACCUCGCCACUGCUGAUGUCCUCUUUGUCAGUAUCCUUCCUUUCCACAUCGUGUACCGGUUCUCGGGGAAUAACUGGCUGAUGGGGGAGGGGAUGUGCCGGUUUGUCAUCGCCGCGUUUCAAACCAACAUGAAUGGAUCCAUCCUGCUGAUGACAAGUAUCAGUGUGGACCGCUUCCUGGCACUGGUGUACCCGGUCCGGUCUCUUCCAUGGCGCACAGUGAGACGAUCCUGGCUGGCGUGUUGCUGCAUCUGGACGAUAUCGGUGGCCUCCACCGUGCCGAUUAUUAUAAUGCAGCAAACCCAACCCAUUCCGGCAGCAAGGAUCACCACCUGUUAUGAUAUUCAGUAUGCCGAAGCUCUUCACAGGUUCCACGUUUAUUACUAUUUCCCCUUUUAUCUCUCACUUUUAUAUUUCUUACCUUUAAUUGUGACAACUUUCUGUUACAUUGGAAUCAUCCGCCGCCUCAGCGCAGCCUCCAUUAAGGGCGCACAGAAGAGAACCCGAGCCGUCCUCGUGUCUGCAGUGGUGCUGUGCGUCUUUGUCCUGUGUUUCGGCCCCUCCAACGUCAUCCUUCUGCUCCAUUUUCUUCAGGUCUCUAAAGAAGCCACCAACUCCCUGUACAUAGUGUACAUCCUCGGGGUCGGUGUCAGCAGUGUCAGCUCCUGUAUGGAUCCUCUCAUCUAUUACUAUUCAUCUUCUCAGUGGCAGAGACACGUCUACAGCCUGCUGGGAUGUGGGAGAGAAGAUCCACCACAAGCAAGGCAGCACCGCGUCCUCCUCCACAAGGCCCAGACAGAGGGAAGUCUCAGCUCCAAGAAAACUGAAACCUCGAGGUUCAUAUAA